GUAGGUGUUUUGAGCGAAGAAAGCACAGAUGUUCGCUUUUCUCACAGACAUGUGAGCUUAAAAAUACCACUUAUCUACCAAAAUGUACACUCUUAAGUAGCCGUACGCGUUUAUGUUUCGCGUGAUGUACUAUGAACCGCCACAAACCGGCCAAUUUAUCAUUUAUUGUCUUUAGCAUAUGUACAAAGGCUACGAUGCUAAUUUAGCUUCUAAACGGAAAGAAUAACAUCUAAACUAAAGCUAUUAAUGUGACAUUACUGCUCAACAACCCGGCUCCCCAGGAUGAUGGACUAAUAUGCGUGAUAUUAGUAUCCACAUCUCCUUUCUGACUAGUUAAGUCGCAAAGAAAUUAUAGGCUUAGCCUUUGUUUUUAAACGCAACGCGACAUUGAUCGGGGGGCAGCAGAAGGAGAAAAAAAAUGGAUGAAAGUGCCGAAAAUGUCAACGAUGACAUUGUCAUCAUCGUGGAAAACGAGGCGGAAAGUUUGCCAGCCGAGGAGGAGAGGCUGAAACAGCUGGGCACCUUUGGGCUCAUGGACACUUGUCCCAUCUGCAAGUUGAGCUUUCACAAUAGAGAGCCCAAACUGCUGCCGUGCCUCCACUCCUUCUGCAAGAGGUGUCUGCCUGCCCCGUUCAGGACCGCCGACCCGAGGCGUGACUCGCAAGGACAAGUCGACAACAACAAAUCAUCAGUAGGCGCCAUCCGAUGUCCAGUAUGCAGACAGGAAUGCUGGGAAAUGGACGUGUUGGAUAAUUUCUUUGUUAAAGACUCUGCCGAGGUGCCGAGCAGCACAGUGGAGAAAAACAGCCAGGUAUGCAUGAGCUGUGAGGACAACACGGAGGCGACAGGUUACUGCGUGGAGUGUGUUGAGUUUCUGUGUGUGACGUGCAUUGAGGCGCAUCAGAGGGUAAAGUUCACCAGGGAUCACACCAUACGGCAGAAAGAGGAGAUGUCGCCAGGUAAAGCAGUAGGCAUUUCCACGCAGAAGCCCGUCUUUUGUGACGUCCACAAGCAGGAGCCACUGAAGCUGUUUUGUGAGACGUGCGACCGACUCACCUGUCGAGACUGUCAGCUGCUUAAACACAAGGAUCACAACUACCAGUUUCUAGAGGACGCAUACAGGAACCACAGGCAGAAUCUGGAGAACAUGACUCAGCAGUUGCAAGAGAAAAGAAAAGCCAUUGAGGAUGUUUCCAGCUGUAUCAACACUGGACUCCAACAAGUUGAAGAAAACCGAAAGUCUGUAACUAAUGAAAUAAAGAAGUCUAUCUGUAACUUGAUUAUGGAGAUAAACAGGAAGGGAAAGAUCCUGGUUAACCAGCUUGAGGCUCUGACUAAAGACCACGAGUUGGGUUUGAAAAAGCAGCAAGAAGACGUCAACUCUCUCACCAGACACCUAGACCACGUCAUCAGAUUCACUAAAUGGGCCACAGCCAGCCACAGUGGAACAGCCCUCCUGUACUGCAAGAGACUGAUUCUUUUCCAGAUCCAUUACCUGAUGAGAGCAAGCUGCAGUCCCUCCAUCGUCCCUCAGAGUUCUGUUCGCUUCCAGUGUCGCUCUGGUUUCUGGGCCACAAAUGUAGAUCUCGGUUCUCUGGUAGUAGAAAGAGGCCCGGGACGGCCGACCGUCAGCAACCACCAGCCAGGUCCUAGACCAGAGGUGCCCACUGGAGCUCUGUCAGUCUCAGCCCAGCAGCGACAGAGUACGUUGGCUCAGCUCCAGAUGCAGGUGGAAAAACUCUCCCAGCAGCCCCACAGGCAGCCUCCUCCUAACCAUUGGUCCUGGUACCAAAACGUACGGCUCCCAGGACCCACCGGCCCUCCUCCUCCAACCAGACCCAUCCACGGAGGAUCCUCCCCGUCCCAAUGCCCCACCAGCAUGGCACAGCCAGGACCAGGACCAGGACGCAGGUACGGGAGCUCCAACCCCAACUCUAACCCCAGAAGCCCCACCUCCUCCAUGCUUCACAACGCCGGAUUUCCACCUCCUCAAUCUCUGAGAGAUCUGAUCCUUAGCUCCAGCUUCCCCCCUAAACCCGUGGAUGUGUUGCAGGGUACGUCCCGCUACCCACAGCCUAUGUCCUCUGCCGGAGCAGCUACACAGACAUCACUGCACCAGCGGGGCUUAGCGGAAUCGUCUUUCCUUAAGAGGAGCGAAGCAGGCGGAACUGUCCCCUCCAUCACCAUCUCCAUCCCCAAACCCAGCUUUGCUUCAAGCCUGGCUUCAGCAACCGCAGACAAAACAAGCGCGCUCAAUCACAUUACAGUUCAAGGAAGGCAGAAUUCACCGAUGGCCAAACCGUCUUCUACAGACAGAAGCACGGGGACGACUUCCUGGAAGCAGACUCCCGAGCCACCAUCUGCCCCCUCAGCCAAGCGACGAAGAAGAACGUCCCCCGGGCCCGUUAUCGUCAUCAAGGACGAACCAGAGGACGAGGAUGAAGUUCGCUUUGUGCAAUCCAGCCUUCCAGACAGCAGCACCGGGGCUCAGUCCAAACCCCGGCAGCAGCUGAAGGUGUGCCCCCAACCCCCGGCCCCUCGAUCAGACCUCUCCCCCGGAAAAGAGCAGCACCCUCAGCCCGCAGCCCAGCCAGCCGAGUCCGAAAAGAGAGCGGAGCCAGAAGAAGACCCCAACGAGGACUGGUGCGCCGUCUGUCAAAACGGAGGGGAGCUGCUCUGUUGCGACAAGUGUCCCAAAGUUUUCCAUCUGUCCUGCCACAUCCCCACUCUGAACGAGUCCCCCAGCGGCGAAUGGUUCUGUUCAUUCUGCCGAGACAUUGCCUCUCCUGAGAUGGUGUACGACUGCGACAGCAAGGACGACCCCGACCCUGACGGAUUGCAACCUGUUGACAGAAGGAAAUGUGAGAGGCUGCUGCUACGUUUAUUCUGCAAUGACUUCAGCACUGACUUCCAGCAGACUGCUUCUACAUCGGAGACGAAAAGGUAUAAAGAGCUGAUCAAGACCCCGAUGGAUUUAUCAAUAGUUAAGAAGAGGCUGGAGUCAAAGCUGAAGGAUGUUGAAUGUUACAUCAGUUCUGAGGGGUUUGUCGCAGACGUCAGGCUCAUAUUUUUCAACUGUGCAAAGUACUACAAGGCAACCUCGGAGGUGGGGAGUGCAGGCUUGUACUUGGAGGACUACUUUGAGGAACAACUGAAGCUCGUUUACCCAGACAAGACCUUUCCCGGAGGAAGGGAAGAUCAGAUGAUCCCUCCUUUAGAGGAUGAGAUAGAUGAAGAAGAGGAACAGGCGAUGGAGGAAGGUAUGGCUCCCAUAGAGGACGAUAAACCAGCAGAUCCUGUGGACGAAGGAAUCCCCCCUGUGGAAGAUGACAUGGCUCAUCUGGAAGAGGGGACAGCUUCAGUGGAGGAACAAGAGCCAGAAAUUAAGGAGCAGCAGACUGAUAUGAGCGAAGAGAUAACGGACCUAAAGGUGGCAAACGAAGAGGAAUGCAAGCUGCCUGCAGAGGAGGUAAAGGAGGAUGAGAAAACUCCUUUGGAAGAGGAGAAAAACUCUCAAGCUGAUGAUGGUGAAACAACAAAUGGGGUGACCGCCAGCUCCCCAAAAGAGGAGAGCCCUCAGGUCCCUACGGACAAGGAUGCAGAUCCGUCUGAAAGCCAGGAGAAGGAGAGCGCUCCUGAAAACACAGCCAAAGAAGAGGAGGGAUAGAAAGAUCACAGCAAAGAGAAACUGAAAAGAUGGAUGAUUUCAGUCUUCCACAGAAGUGGCCCCAGUGGGGACCUAUAUUUGCUGCAAUCAGACAGUUUUUUUUUACAAUGUUAUUUGCAAUAGGAAAAAAGGGUUCAGCUACACUAAAUAGACUGUUAUUUAGUAGAAGUUCUGCUGUAGAUGCACAUUGAGAGGAGUAGCUCUUUUUUCUGUCUUUGUUGAACUGAAGUUACAAUUUUACUGUAACUAAAAAGGUUAUUUUCUGUGACGAUGAGGAAAAGCACACGACAUAUAUAUUCUUUGUUAAUAGGAUCAUGCGUAAGUUAUUAUCUUACUCAUCAGUUGUACAUAAAGUGGCCGUGAAGGCACAAAUGCUGCAAUCAAAAAUAGGAAAAUAAGACUUUGGGUUAGUUAAUGCAUGCAGGAUGUCUUAAUAUAAAUAAUGAAGCCUCCUUUUUUCUGUGUUUAGCUCAUUUGCCUCAUGAACAAAUUACAUUUUUGUUGCAAUAGUAUUGUUUAUUUGAUUAGUAUUGUAUUAAUUACUAUGCUAUAAUUAGGGCCGUUGUACGUACUGUACUAGUUUCUGUACAUGAGGAACGUCUAUCAGUAAAUUUAUCAAUUUAAAUAAUCCUUUGAAAAAAAAAUGGAAUCAUGGAAAUUGUGCAGUUGGAAAAUGAACUGUUGUUUUUUUUUUUUUUGGGUUGCCAGUGUUGGUUGCCUCUCAUCCCCCAAAGUCAAAACCAUGUUUUAUCAUACAG